AUGGCAACAGACAAUCAAGGUGAUAAAAUAGAAAAGUACGAUUUAAAAUUAAAAUCAAAGCCCAAAGAUGGAGUUAUAUUACAACUUCACCACACGAUUCGGGGAUCGAACGGAGAGAGCAAACGUAUUCGCUUUUCUAUUGGAACAUUUGAAGAUACUCAUAAUAAGUUAGCAUGCGUAGAUAAUAUUGGCAAUGUCUUCGUACUCGAUUUUGCUGAUUUACAGUUUUGGAAGUUAAAAAGCCUCGGUCCUUGUACUGCCCUACAUUUUGUUCCAUACGACCUAGAUAUCUUAGUAGUCGCUACUGCUAAAAAGUUUGAAAUAAAAUUCGUAGAUAGUGAAUUGGCACAGGUAACUACUAUACUAAAAGGUCACACUGCUCCUAUAAACCAUAUAUCCUUUUCAAACAAUAAAGUAAACAAUUUGCUCACUGCCAGUUCAGUUGAAGCUAUCCUUUGGGAACUUAAGAAUUAUACAAAAUAUUUUACUCUGAACACAUACCCAGGAGCUCAAAUACAACAAAUUUUAUUCACUCCAGCUGGUGACUUUUUAGUCGCUUGCUUUCAAAAUGAUACAAUACAAAUUUGGAAGCAUGAGACAAUGAAAUCAGUUAAGCAAAUAAUACCUAGUGAGUUGAAACACUUAAAAAGUGUUGCUUUCACCAUGAAUGGUAGAGCAAUGGCCAUAUCAGGGCUAGUACCUGUGUUGAUUCUAUUCAGUAUGGACACAUGGAAAGCUUUGAAAUCUAUUGAUUUACUUAAAUAUAAUAUUUCAGGUGUCCAAAAAAUUUCAUUCAUCCCUCAAAUGUUUGACGGAGGUAGUAAUAAGAUUUUAGCUCUAUUGAGUAGUGACUGUUUUUUAUAUUUCUUUGAUAUAGAAUUAUUUAAGAUUAUACAUACCAUUCAUCCGGAAUCAUCGGGAAUAAGAAAAUUUGUUGUUAGUCCUACUGGGAGAUACUUUCUUUGUAUAUUACAGCAAGGAGAAGUAAACAUUUAUAAUACUUCUUAUGUAAUGGAUUAUGCUAAAAAACCUAAGAAUAUAUCGACAAAUAAAGUUUUACCAUGUACUUCUGGUUCUCAUAAGUGUGUCGAACAUUCACCUGAAAGAGCAGAAGUCCAACAAAGAAUGAAAAUUUGUAUGGACAGCGCUAGAUUGAGAAGAAUCUUAAUGCAGUAUGGGGAAUAUCCUGAUAAAUUUCGCUCGAUAAUCUGGAGAUCCUUGCUGGUUACUCCAAGAAAUAAGACAGCAUAUACAGUUUUAGUAGAUAAAGGUAUCCAUCCAGCUUAUAAAGAUAUUGAAAAACAAUUCACUAUACAUAGUUCUAUAACACUAAAAAACUUAAAAAGGCUUCUUUCUUGUCUUGCUCAUUGGUGUCCCUUGUUUGGUGUGAUGAAGUUUUUGCCUGGUUUUGUGUUUCCAUUUGUAAAAGUAUUACAGAAAGAUCCUCUUUUACUAUUUGAAAGUGUAGCAACAAUAUUGUUUAACCAGUGUCAGCUCUGGUUUGAAUAUGCACCGUUUCCUCCAAUCAGUAUUCUUGCAAUGGUUGAAAAUAUAUUGGCUGAACAUGAUCAACAGCUACUAGAUCACUUUUGUAACCUAGGUGUGACAAGUCAAACAUAUGCUUUGAAGAUUUUAGAAACAGCUUUCAGUGAAGUGCUGACUUGCUCAGAAUGGUUAAUACUUUGGGAUCAUAUACUGAGUAAUGAACCAGCAUUUAUUUUAAUGGCUGUUGUUUCUUAUAAUAUUGUUCAAAAGAAUGCUCUCAGAAGAUUGCAAAAUCAGGACCAGAUUGAGAAUUUCUUUCACAUGCAAAAUCCUAUAAACAAAAAAUCAUUUUUGAAGAAAACUUAUGUUUUACUCAAUGAUACAAGUGAAGAUAUACAUCCAAGAAGAUUUUUCAAAUCUUUUAUGGCUCUAGAUAAAGGUAGCUGUUAUCAGCAAUUUACAGAAUAUCCUAAAGCAACAAUAUGUCUUAAAUUAGCAAAGAAAACUAGAAGAAAGGCACAGACAUCGAAUAAUUAUACUUUGAAAGAACUGACAACAAAAAGUCAAGAGGAGGAAAUAAAUAAAAGAUGUAUACAUGAGACUGUUUCAACAGAAUCAUACAAUUCUGAAAAAGAUUUUAAUGAGAAUAACAAUAUAAUCAACAGUAGCAAAAUUAAUAAGAAAAACAAUCAAAGUAUUGGUGAUCACAAUAGUGCAGUAAAAGAAGAAUUAAUAGAUAGUAUAUUAAACUCUUCUACAAAGCAUUCUCACAAAAGUAAACGAAAAUUUCACAAUAAAAAAAAUAGAACAGAUUGUGUAGAUUCGAAAGAUCCUGCAUAUCCACAUUCAAGUAAGAAAACAUCAGAGCGAAAUCACAAUUUGGAAAAAGAAGUUGAGAAAUUAAUCCAUAGUUACAGCAGUUCUGAUGGGUCAGAGAAUUAAAGUGUUUCAAUAAAACAUAAUUAUUUA